AUGGUUGUUGGAUUUGGAAAUAGUCUAGAUGGUGAUAUUAUAGAUUGUGUUUUGUCUCAUCAACAACUAGCUUUUGACCACCCUCAGUUGAAGGGACAAAACCCAUUGGAACCACCAGAUAGGCCAAAAGCUCAUAAAGCAUAUCCUAAUAGUAUGGACUCAGAAAAUUAUCAGUCAUGGAGCUUGUCAGAGAAAGUUGGAAGUUUUACCAUAGUUUUUCUUUUAUUUGCAAAUCCAGUGUUCUUAUAUUUUCUUAGUCGUUCCAAAGAAAGCAAGGCUGUUGACACUGAAUCGCUUUGUGUUCUUCCAGGGAAAUUUGUUUGGGCCAUCCGUAUUGACCUCCAUAUUCUAGAUAAUGGAGGAAACCUUGUGGAUAUUGCAAAUAUUGCUGCUUUGGCUGCUCUCAUGACGUUUUAA